AUGAUGGAUGAGAAGACAAUUGCACUUGAUGAAAUUGCAAAGGAAGCCGUUGAUCUGGAAAACAUUCCUAUUCAGGAGGUUUUUAAUCACCUGAAGUGUACCAGGGAUGGUCUCAGCUCAGAUGCAGCCAAACAGCGACUGGACUUGUUUGGUUACAAUAAGCUUGAAGAGAAGAAGGAAAGUAAAAUCUUGAAGUUCUUGGGAUUUAUGUGGAAUCCUCUCUCUUGGGUCAUGGAAGCAGCUGCGAUAAUGUCAAUUGCUCUUGCAAAUGGAGGGAAUAAAGGGCCAGAUGUUCAAGAUUUUGUUGGUAUUUUGCUUUUGCUUAUCAUCAACUCAACCAUCAGUUUUAUCGAGGAGAAUAAUGCUGGAAAUGCAGCUGCUGCUCUCAUGGCUCGCUUGGCGCCAAAAGCAAAGGUGUUGCGUGAUGGCAAAUGGAGCGAGGAAGAUGCCGCAAUGCUGGUUCCUGGUGAUAUUAUUAGUAUCAAACUUGGUGACAUUAUUCCAGCUGAUGCACGCCUUCUUGAAGGGGAUCCCCUGAAGAUCGAUCAGUCUGCUCUCACUGGAGAAUCAUUGCCUGUAACAAAAAAUCCAGGUGCUGGGGUUUAUUCAGGUUCAACAUGUAAGCAAGGCGAGAUUGAAGCAGUUGUCAUAGCCACUGGAGUUCAUACAUUCUUCGGCAAGGCAGCCCAUCUUGUCGAAAACACAACUCAUGUUGGCCAUUUCCAAAAGGUAUUAACAGCAAUAGGGAACUUCUGCAUCUGCUCCAUUGCUGUUGGGAUGGUCAUUGAGAUUAUCGUUAUAUAUGCUGUUCAAGGGAGGUCGUAUCGCACUGGUAUUGAUAACCUCCUUGUACUUCUCAUUGGUGGAAUUCCAAUUGCAAUGCCCACAGUACUGUCCGUUACUAUGGCAAUAGGAUCGCAUCGUUUGUCCCAACAGGGAGCAAUAACGAAAAGAAUGACUGCAAUUGAAGAAAUGGCUGGAAUGGAUGUGUUGUGCAGUGAUAAAACAGGCACACUUACACUAAACAAGCUGACAGUCGACAAAAACAUGAUCGAGGUUAUAAGUAAAAGCGUUGACAAGGAUGCAAUUGUAUUGAUGGCUGCAAGAGCAUCAAGAACGGAGAACCAAGAUGCUAUUGACGCAGCAAUUGUUUCAAUUCUGUCUGACCCUAAAGAGGCACGAGCCGGAAUUCAAGAAGUUCACUUUCUCCCAUUCAAUCCAACUGACAAAAGAACAGCGCUGACAUACAUUGAUAAAGCAGGUAAAAUGCAUAGAGUGAGCAAAGGUGCACCUGAACAGAUUCUUAACCUGGCACAUAACAAAUCGGUAAUUGAGAAGAAGGUACAUUCAAUCAUUGACAAAUUCGCAGAACGUGGUCUUCGUUCUCUUGGAGUCGCUUAUCAGGAAGUGCCAGAAGGAAACAAAGAUAGUCCUGGAGGACCCUGGGAAUUUGCGGGGCUUCUCCCUCUCUUUGAUCCACCCCGCCAUGAUAGUGCAGAAACCAUUAGGAGAGCUCUGGACUUAGGAGUCAGCGUCAAAAUGAUAACCGGCGAUCAGUUGGCGAUAGCUAAGGAAACAGGCAGACGGCUUGGAAUGGGCACGAAUAUGUAUCCCUCUUCAUCUUUGCUCGGUGGCAGUAAGGAAGAUGCUCUUGCAUCACUCCCAAUUGAUGAACUCAUUGAGAAAGCUGAUGGUUUUGCUGGUGUCUUUCCUGAACAUAAAUACGAAAUCGUCAAAAAACUUCAAGCAAGGAAGCACAUUUGUGGAAUGACUGGAGAUGGAGUGAAUGAUGCACCUGCACUGAAGAUAGCUGACAUAGGAAUUGCAGUUGCUGACUCAACUGAUGCCGCUCGUAGCGCUUCUGAUAUUGUUCUUACAGAACCUGGUUUAAGUGUGAUCAUCAGUGCUGUUCUAACAAGUCGGGCAAUUUUCCAGAGAAUGAAAAACUACACGAUUUAUGCUGUGUCUAUUACUAUCCGUAUAGUGUUAGGAUUUAUGUUACUGACAGUACUUUGGAAGUUUGACUUCCCUCCUUUCAUGGUUCUUGUCAUUGCAAUCCUUAAUGAUGGUACAAUCAUGACCAUUUCCAAAGACAGGGUGAAACCAUCCCCAGUUCCAGACAGUUGGAAGCUUAGUGAGAUUUUUGCCACAGGGGUUGCACUUGGAACCUACUUAGCUGUGACCACUGUUAUAUUCUUUUGGGCUGCUUAUGAAACUGACUUUUUUGAGCGUACUUUCAAUGUAAGGAGUUUGAACAAGCACCGAGUUGAGCACCGGAAUGAAAUGCUGGCAUCUGCCAUUUAUCUCCAAGUCAGUACCAUUAGUCAGGCCCUCAUUUUUGUAACUCGCUCUAGAGGCUGGUCUUUCUUUGAGCGACCUGGUCUGUUGCUUGUUGUGGCCUUCUUUAUCGCGCAGCUGAUAGCAACCAUAAUAUCAGCAACCGCAAACUGGGGAUUUGCUGGAAUCAGAAACAUUGGCUGGGGAUGGACUGGUAUCAUCUGGUUGUACAACAUCCUGAUCUACAUUUUCCUUGAUCCUCUUAAAUUCUUAGUCAGAUAUGCACUAAGCGGAAGAGCUUGGAACCUAGUGGUGGAAAAUAGAAUUGCACUUACCUCACAAAAGGACUUUGGCAAAGAAUCCCGCGAGGCGGCAUGGGCAACUGAGCAGCGGACGGUACACGGCCUCUCUACCCCUGAGCCGAAGAAGUUCUUGGAACGCAACACCACAUUUAACGACCUGAAUAAGAUGGCUGAAGAAGCUAAAAAACGUGCAGAGAUUGCAAGGUUGAGAGAACUUCACACCCUCAAAGGCAAAGUGGAGUCUUUUGCGAAGCUGAAGGGCUUAGACAUCGAUGCCAUGAACAACAACUACACUGUUUGA